AUGAAUAUACCUGCCAGGAAGACGACUCUUGAUCUAGAAGCCAUCCAGCAGGGAGAAAAGGAGGGAUUACGCUCCUACAUAAAGAGAUUCAAUCUGAUGAGGAUACAAAUGCCCAACCUGCCGGAUGAAGUGGCCUAUACUGAUUUUUUCAAGGGAUUGAAAGACAGGUCGAACUUCAAAUUUGAUUUAGUUAGAAAAAGAGUCGCUACUCUCCAAGAGGCAAUGAUGGAGGCCGAGACCUACAUACAGGCAGUCGACCUCUGUCAUAUGGGAAAGCAAGGGGACCAAAAAAGGUCUGAGAAAAAGGAGGAUCGUUCACAGAAAGCGGCCCCCAAGGAAGAGAAAAAGAGAAAAGAUGUUUGGAUGGCCGACUCCACUAGUCAGCCGUCCAGUAAGAAGAGAAAGGAAUUCACUCCAUACUCCCCCAAGUAUGAUUUCAACAAAGAUAAUCAUACCAUUUUCAAAGAAUUUAAGGACCGACUCUCACUUGAGAAGCCGACACCUAUGAAGGGUGAUCCUAGUAAGCGCAACCAAGGCGGCUAUGCAGGGGGAGGCCCGACUGUUCGGGGAAACAAGGAUAACAUCAGACAACUGGAUGUUAACUCUGUUAAUCAGGGUGAGACCUCUGGCACCUCGUUUCCUGAGGUUAUUAUUUCUGAGAAAGAUUCGGGUGGUGUUCGACGGCCGCAUGACGACCCAAUUGUCAUCGAGUGUAAAGUGGCCAAUCAAAGAGUCGGCAGGAUACUUAUUGAUACAGGGAGUUUGUCGGACCUCAUCAGCCAUAAGUGCUUGACCAAGCUCAAGUACAGGCCUGAGAGUAUACAGCCUGUCUCCUAUCCUCUCGUAGGAUUUGGAGGGGGAGUCGUCCAUCCGAUUGGUCAAGUUGACUUGCCCGUCCGUCUGGGUGAGAGAGGCGAGGUCCGCCACAUGGUCAUUCGUUUCCUGGUUGUGGAAGAACUUACUGCCUACAACAUGAUCCUUGGGCUCCCCACCCUUAAUGACUCUAAAGCAGUUAUCAUUCCAUCCCUUAUGUUGCUCAAGUUUGAGAAGGAUGACAAAACAGUCGGUUCCAUAAGGGGGGACCAGAGAAUGGCCAGAGAAUGUUACCUCACUGACAUAAAAACAAUGGUAACUUCAGACGGCCCAAUUGGCAAAGCCAUAGAAGAAGCGUCUUCCCAAGAGGCAGGCAGCAGGAAGAGAAAAGCCUCCGAGACGGAGGUCAAGAAAAAGCAUAAGCAAUAG